UAUAUAAGCAGGUUCUGACGCCAGUCAAUGCCAUUUCGUGUGGUUUGCUUGUAUCAUUUGGUACGGUUCUGUAUAAUUAUUUUUGUAUAAAAUUUGGUUUGGUUUGCGUUGCAGAUAUAUUCUUCUAUAAAUUAUUUCAGCGCACUACUCCAGAUCUUGAACCAUGCAGAUCUUUGUAAAGACACUGACGGGUAAAACCAUCACCCUAGAGGUCGAGGCUUCAGACACCAUUGAAAAUGUGAAGGCAAAGAUUCAAGACAAGGAAGGAAUUCCUCCAGACCAGCAACGUUUAAUCUUCGCUGGAAAACAACUGGAAGACGGGAGAACUCUCUCAGAUUACAACAUCCAGAAGGAAUCCACACUGCACUUGGUGUUGCGACUCCGUGGAGGAAUGCAGAUUUUUGUGAAGACACUGACCGGUAAAACCAUCACCCUAGAGGUCGAAGCAUCCGACACAAUAGAAAACGUGAAAGCUAAGAUUCAAGACAAGGAAGGAAUUCCUCCAGACCAGCAACGUUUGAUCUUCGCUGGCAAACAACUGGAAGAUGGGAGGACUCUCUCAGAUUACAAUAUCCAAAAGGAAUCGACACUGCACUUGGUGUUGCGACUUCGAGGAGGAAAUAGGAGGAACGAACCCUUAACUAACUGCUGAGAGGAAUGUUUCUGUCUGUGAUGUCUAGUAAAAUUGAUAGUAUUGAUAGCGUUUCUGUUACUUUUUUAUGUACAUUUCAUGUUCUAUAUAACUCGGUAUCAGUAUAUAAGUAUUUCGUUAUUUGUAUCUAAUGGCAAGAAUGGCAAAUUGUAUUGAUCCUAUUAUAUAUGUGGACACAUUCUUGUAAUUUACGUAUAUUCAUUAAAGGAUUAUAAACGAACUGGUGUUAUAAAAAUGGUUGAUUGUAUGUGCUAAAUGUUUUCACACGUACGCUUGUACAUAAUGUAUCAAAAUUUUAUAAUAAUGGUUAUUUUAAUAAUUAUUAUUUUCAAACAGUA